UUAUUUUCAUUUGAGUGAUUUUGCUUGGAACACUACUUUUUGAACACACCCGUUGAAUGCAUUUCAUUCAAUAAUUGAAUCAAAUUGAAUAACAAACCAAAAGUCAAAACACAAACUGACAGCUACUAUGAUGAGAAAACUGCACUGUGUGUGAGUGAAAAAUGUCUUCAAGAAUUCGAAAAACCAUCGGGCAAAAGAUCUCUCAAAUUAUUAAAAGAACUGAUUUAGAAGAUGCAAUUGCCGCUCGCCUCGAGCUUCCCAGAUCACUCAAAUCUGCUGCACACCCAGAGUUGCAUUUGUCAUCUGCUGAUCUCACUUCGAUCACUGGAACGCACCCAAAUGAAUUGCUAGGCCACCUAAGUACAUCUCCAAUAGAAAAAGAAAUUGUAGAGAGUGUAGCUUCAGUUGCAUCUCGAGACCAUGCCAAAUCUGGAAUAGCAUUCAAGCUAAACCAAUUAUUAUUUGCAAGUGAUGUCCUCCGUUUAAAUUUUGCAUCUCCCCCGGCGACACAUUCGAAAGGGUGUGUUGUUCUCGAUUUUAGUUCACCCAACAUUGCCAAGCCUUUCCAUGUAGGUCACCUGCGGUCGACCAUAAUCGGUAAUGUUCUUGGAAAUCUUUAUAAGCAUUUGGGUCAUGGUGUUGUGAAAAUGAAUUAUCUGGGCGAUUGGGGGACUCAGUUGGGAAUGUUACAAGUUGGAGUUGAAUUAGAACAACUCACAGAUGAACAAAUGCGAGUUAAUCCCAUUGAAAAUCUUUAUAGAGCAUAUGUCCGAUCGAAUACGGAAGCUAAAAGUGAUCCCAGUAUCACAGAGAAGGCUCGAAAGUAUUUUACUGAUUUAGAAAAUGAGACAGCACCCGAAAUGCAAAUGCAAUGGCAAAAAUAUAGAGCUUACACAGUUUCAGAACUUGAAGGUGUUUAUCAAAGAUUGGGAGUUGAAUUCGAUGUAUAUGACUGGGAAUCGCAAUAUAGUCAAAAGGCUGUCGGUUCUAUCGUUGAAAUGAUGAAAGAUAAAAAUCUGAUUCAUGAUGAAAAAGAUGGUCGAAAAAUUGUCAAUGUAGGAGAGAGACGUGUUCCGGUUAUUAAAAGUGACGGAUCGACACUGUAUCUUGUGCGAGAUAUUGCUGCACUUUUAGAUCGAUUUGAACGAUUUAAAUUUGAGAAAAUGUUCUAUGUUGUAGACAAUGCACAAACUGAUCAUUUUGAUGCGCUUUUUAAGGUAACAAGUGGAAUUAAUGCAGAUAUUGGAAGGAAAGCAAAGCAUAUUAAGUUUGGUCGGAUUCGUGGUAUGAGUACGAGAACGGGAAAAGCAGUAUUUUUGAAAGAUCUAUUGAACGAGGCUAGAGAUAUUAUGAUGGAGAAACAGUUACAGAGUCCGACAACAAAAAUUAAUGUCUCAUCUUUGGAUUCGACUGUCGCCGAUGUUCUUGGUGUUUCAGCUGUGAUAAUUAACGAUCUUAAGCAACGUCGUCAAAGAGACUACGAUUUUGAUUGGAACAACGCCUUGCAAACGAACGGUGACACAGGCAUUAAAUUGCAAUAUACACACUGCCGGUUAUCAAGUCUCCUGGAAAAUAUGUCCCAUGUACAAGUAGCUGAACAUCCCAAUGGAAAUUUAUUGCAAGAACCUGUUGCCUUGGAACUCAUCGUUCAAAUUGCUCGAUUUGAUCAAUCUAUACUAAAAGCUGCCGAGACUCUUGAGGCAUGUGUGCUUGUUACAUAUUUAUUCUCACUAUGCAAUUGCACUAGCCGGGCUCUGAAACUUCUCAAAGUCAAAGGAGAACCAUCUGCGGAAAUUCAAGCUAACCGGUUGCUAUUAUUUACUGCAGCACGUGAAGUUUUAGGAUGUGGAAUGAAAAUACUUGGUUUAAAACCAUUGACAAAAAUGUAG